GUGUCUCGCUAGAGCCGUCAGCGUGUGCUGUGUGUUCUUCUCUGUGUGUUGGAGCCUGCGUUUUCCGCCAUAGUACGUACGUCCGGUUCACCGUUGUUCCGCGUUUGCACUUCACUGUUGGUGCCCCAAGGGCGGGCUCUGUGUGUGUGUUUGUGUGGGGCCGUACGUGUGCCGACGUCGGGCGGUGGAGCCUGGUGGUGUGGUGUGUACGCGGUAUACGCGGUGUACGUGUGAGCGCUUGCAGCCUCAUCCGCGUGGAGGAGAAAAGGAUCCACCAGCGGUGUCCUCGUGUUAGUGAGUGAACUGUGCCACCACUUGUGCGCGCGUGUGUUUGUGUGCCAUCCGUGUAUGUGUGACAAAAGCGGAGGGGCCACAAAAUCGUUACUAUCGAGCUGCGUGUUCCAGUCCCCAGUCCAGUGUCUGGCCCAGUCGCCUGUCAGUCUCGUACGGUCUGUCGUCCUGGAAACCACUCACCGUAGGAGCGUUCCGUCGUGAGGUCAUUUUCCAGUACACCCACUAGAUUGUAGGUGUGUGGGAGUGUUUGUACGUUGGAGCGGGAAGGUGUCCGAGUGUGGGUGUGUGUGUGUGUGAAGGUAAAGUUAGUAGUCGUUGGCUUCAGAGCCAGAGAGUGUCCGACUGUGGUGAAGGUCCGAGCAGGUGAUUAUCCCUGAGAGAGUGAGAGAGUGUGUGUUAAGAAGAGAAAGGCAUUGAAGGUAAGGAGGGGCGAGUGAGGGGGAGGUUCGUGAAGAAAGGAGCAAAGAAACCGCACCGCAAGGAUACGUGAGCGUUAUCCGAGCGUUACCACAGCGUUACCGUUAGCAGCGUUACGGUGUGCAUUGUUUUAAAUCCUCGGAACCUCUCCAGCGUGGCAGAAGCGAAGUAAAAUCUAGCGGGAGAAAGGCAACAGGAGAAAAGCUCAGCCAGCAGAAGGAAGAUGGCGGACGAGGACAACUGCCUGGAGGAGAUCCCGGAUGCGGAGAACAAGAACCUGCUCCGCAACCGUGGGCGCAAGGGUGCGCUCAAGAAGAAGAACGUCUACAACGUCAAGGAUCAUCGGUUCAUACCGCGGUUCUUCAAGCAGCCGACGUUCUGCUCCCAUUGCAAGGAUUUCAUUUGGGGAUUCGGCAAGCAAGGAUUCCAAUGUCAAGUUUGUUCCUUCGUCGUACACAAGCGAUGCCACGAGUACGUUACCUUCAAGUGUCCGGGUGCGGAUAAGGGGGCCGACUCCGAUGAUACCCGUACCAAGCAUGAGUUUAAAGAGUGGACCUAUUCGAGUCCAACGUUUUGCGAUCACUGUGGUUCGCUGUUGUACGGUUUGAUCCACCAGGGGCUUAAGUGUACAGCAUGUGAUAUGAACGUACACAAGCGGUGCGAGGAGAGCGUACCGAACCUCUGCGGAUGUGAUCAUACCGAGCGUCGAGGGCGCAUCCAGCUGGCGAUCACCCAUUCGGCCGGCAAGCUUCACAUUGAAGUUAAACAAGGCCGUAAUCUGAUUCCAAUGGAUCCGAACGGUUCCAGCGAUCCGUACGUCAAGAUCAAGCUGAUCCCGGACGCGGACAACGUGAAGAAGAAAACCAAAACCAUCCGCGCGUCGCUGAACCCGGUCUGGAACGAGACCUUGGUAUUUGAUCUCAAGGCGGAGGACAAGGACCGCCGGCUGCUGGUCGAGGUAUGGGAUUGGGAUCGUACCUCGCGGAACGACUUCAUGGGUUCGCUCUCGUUCGGCAUCUCGGAGAUCCUGAAGAAUCCGGUCGACGGGUGGUUCAAGCUGCUCACGCAGGAGGAGGGCGAGUACUACAACGUGCCGGUGCCGGAGGAGGGCGCCGAUCUGGUGCAGCUCAAGAGCCAGAUGAGGAAAACUUCCAUCACGAAGAAGAUUCCGCUGAUGAGCGACAAGGAUGUCCCGCAUAAUAUGACCAAGAAGGACGUCAUACGGGCGACCGACUUCAACUUCCUGAUGGUCCUCGGCAAGGGCUCGUUCGGUAAGGUGAUGCUGGCCGAGCGCAAGGGCACCGACGAGCUGUACGCGAUCAAGAUCCUGAAGAAGGACAUCAUCAUCCAGGACGACGACGUCGAGUGUACGAUGGUGGAGAAACGCGUCCUGGCCCUCUCCAGCAAGCCACCGUUCCUGGUGCAGCUCCAUUCCUGUUUCCAAACUAUGGAUCGUUUGUACUUCGUCAUGGAAUACGUCAACGGAGGUGAUCUCAUGUUCCAGAUUCAACAGUGCGGCAAGUUUAAGGAACCCGUCGCUGUCUUCUACGCGUCGGAGAUUGCCAUCGGGCUGUUCUAUUUGCACGCGCGCGGCAUCGUCUACCGCGAUCUGAAGCUGGACAACGUGCUGCUGGACCAGGACGGCCACAUCAAGAUCGCCGAUUUCGGCAUGUGCAAGGAGGGCAUCCUCGCCGACAAGACGACCAAGACGUUCUGCGGCACACCGGACUACAUCGCGCCGGAGAUUAUUCUCUACCAACCGUACGGGAAAUCGGUCGACUGGUGGGCCUACGGGGUGCUGCUGUACGAGAUGCUGGUCGGCCAACCACCGUUCGACGGUGAGGACGAGGAGGAACUGUUCGCGGCCAUCACCGACCACAACGUGUCGUACCCGAAGAGCUUGAGCAAGGAGGCCAAGGAUGUCUGCAAGGGCCUGCUGACCAAGAACCCGCAGAAACGUUUGGGCUGUGGCGCACGCGGAGAGGAGGACGUCCGUGCGCACGCCUUCUUCCGCCGGAUCGACUGGGAGAAGAUUGAAAACCGCGAGGUGCAGCCACCGUUCAAGCCAAAGAUUAAACAUCGCAAGGAUGUGUCCAACUUCGAUCGACAGUUUACGUCGGAGAAGACCGAUCUCACGCCGACCGACAAGCUGUUCAUGAUGAAUCUCGACCAGACGGAGUUCAACGGCUUCUCCUAUCUCAACCCCGAGUACGUGCAGUACGUCUAGGGCGUUGCUGGUCACGAGCGCGUUGCGGCACGAGAUCCUGGAAGUGAUUGGAGUGGUGAUUGCUCAAACCCGGCCACUCUUGGAGGCGUUUGAGUUCGGUUCACGUUUUAAUUUGAUCGUUAUUUGUUGCCAACCGGCUUUUAUUUGUUUAAGUGUUCCAAAGAGAAUUUUAAGUCGUUUAUGUAAUUCGUAUUUCUCCAAGCCCAAGCGGAAGGAGAAGGCCAUUUUGGUUCGAGAAAGAGUGUAUAUUCCGUUCGAGUUGAGCGAGAAGAAUCGAUCGUGAACUAGCGGUUCCGAUAUGUUUGUAAAUUUAACCUUUUCUUGCCAUAUGCUCUCUUACAUUCACUCGUUGUUGUUUCCUUAUUUAACGUAAGAAAAUGUCCUGUUUACCAUAUGGGCUUUAAUAGAGAGGAAAAGUAAUUUCCUUACUACUAUCGUUUUACUUGUGCAGUUUCUUUAACGUUUUUCUUGUCCAAUGUCAUCUUCCGUUCGUCCAACUCAAUCGCUCCUAUACUUCUGCGUUUACUUCACGAACGUGUGUUUCUCUUUUUCUAGCUAGUAACAUACAAAUAGAAACAAGCGGACGCCAUAGGAGCUAUCUUUCGGCUCGUACUCCAUCCCGUGGCCCUCCCCUUUCUAGCUCCCCGCUCUGGGCGGAAGUCUAAAAUUGCCAAACUCUUUUUAAUCUACUAGAUGCCACUUUUACACUCAUUAACGUGACCGGAACGGGGCGGAAUCGUUGCAGUGACCGUUAGCGAGGAGAAAAACCUAAAAGACAUCCAUGUUUAUUUGCUCGCGCUCGCGGUCGCUUUAACGGUGCCCGGGGACGGUUCACAAUUUAAAAAACAUCUGCACCUUGUUAAAAUCUACACACUUUUAUACUAUAUAAAUAUAUAUACAAACUCAUAUACAGCGGAUAGGUUGGAGGUGGGAAAGUGAUUAUAGAUUCACUGGAAAUGAAAUAGACAAAGCAUUGCUAAAAAAAAAGGUUGCAUCACUUAAGAACAAGCAAAUUUGAAUAAAAAGUCGUCUCUAUUCCUCACGCAAUAUUCCAUUCUUUUCACCCCCUCGUGUGCAUUCCACUCGACGUCGGAGAUGGAACGCCCAAAUCCAAACUAUAAUACAAAACCAGAUUCAACCAAUAGUCGUAGAUGAUCUCUUGCUUCGAGGAAAGAAAACGCUAGGGAAUGAAACUAUACAACAUUUGAAAGCCUUAUUGAGAUGUAUUCUGUGGAAAUGGAAAACUAACCUGGAAGAAUAUGAUUACAACCUACCACGUGAACUAAAAACCCCAGCAAAACGGUUUCGGAUCGUGCACCGCGAGUGUCGACGAGGAACGUGUUUGCCAUAUUUGUCAGCACACUUUACCAUAUGACGCAUCCUCUUCGUGCAACGUUUAUGCCCCGGUCGAAUGAACGGUUUGCCAUAUCUUCUAGGAUGAAAGUAGAUAACAAUAAGGAAGGAUGGGGGAAAAGAUGAAAUAUUUUACGUUGCAUAUGCGCAAGAACAACUGAUCCAAUCUUUAUCCAACAGUAUCACCUGUCCCCUUUAGCAUAGCAACGGCAAAGCAAGCGAUCGUAGGUUGCACCAACGGGGAACGGAAGCGUAAGGUUAAAUUAAAACGUGCUACACACGAUGCCGGAUCAAAGCACGUUUAGGUCUCGUGUGUACUAAGAAAACACCACUUUUUUCAACUAUUAGAGCGAUAAUGGAGAGCACACAUUGACACGCUAUCACAGACACAGACAUGAACACACGUAAAUAGUGGAAUAUUGCUAACCAAUGUCCGAAUCACAUAUGGCCAGUAGCUGAAUUUGUUUGAGAAAGAUACUCGCACGUGCCACAGCAACAAUCAGUCAAACCGGAAAGAUACCAACACCAGUGUAUGUAAUUGUGCAGUUUCAAACAACAGCACUCUUAUAAGUAGCAAUAAAUCUUAAAAAGGAAAUAAUGGCGUAAGGAAGAAACAAUGUAUUAUCAAACAUUACUCCGUUUCGAAAUAGUAAGCGCAUGCUAAAUGGGCUAAGCCACCUCGUUUAAAUAUAUGCAGCACAUCACAAACGUUGUAAGCGGAAACAGAACAAGUAAGCAUAGGAGAAGCUCGAUAAAUCUUCUUCAAACCUCCCUGCGGCACACAGUUUAGCUACCUAAAGCGAUAAAACACACCUACCUUCACGUGCAAAAUGAAAAACCUAAACAUACACUGUCACACAUGCAUAACACAUUCAUGUAAAAACAACCAAAAGGAGCUUUAAUCUUGCACUUUAUUGACCUAUUAUCGAAUAACGAAACAAAUGUGAGGUAAAAUAAAGGGAGAAACUUAGCACUUGCAGAAGUGAACGCUAGGCGGAAAAGGGAGAAGAUAUAUUUCCGGGAAGAAUAAUACUAUAUACUCAAUGAAAAACAAAACCAGCUAAUCGUUAAAAUGUAAGGUAACAUAAGAACUCGUUGUGAAAUAUUACAACACACAAACACAAACAUUGUAUGGCAAGAUCACCAGAAUGAGAAAGGAGAACAAAUCAAUCACGAUCAAAUCAAUGCAGAUAUAAUUAUUUCCCUUGCCGGUAUUGUAAUCUCACACACUAAGUUACCCACAGGAUAUGAAAAUUACAUAGACAACAUGAUAAACAUAAUAACACAUCAAUAAAAAAAACCGAAACAAAACAAAACUAUCAGAAGCAGGAAACCCGGUUGCGUUGUGAUAAAAUCUGGAGUACCUUCGGCCAGAAAAAUCUAUUAACAUUCUGGCACAUGAAAAGCAUUUAAACAUGCUAUCCCAUUGCAAUAGACGAAUUCUCAUGAUGACCUGCGAGUCUGCUUGUGCGCGUAGCACGAGGAUCAAUGCACAUGCACCAAUGCGAAGGACUGGAGCAAUUGUAUUAACCAGAGUAAAACAUCUUCAAGAGAUCUAUUUACUAUAUUGGAAUAUAAUGGAUGUUGUAAAACAAUCACCUGAGCGACAAAAUAGGAAUAAAUAUGCUGAUAUUUAAGCAAAAACUUAUAGAACUGCAAAUGGACAGCUGGGCAGCCCGCGCAGACACAUUUGUUUGACCUGACGGCAUUUCAAUUGUGAGCGAAAAAGAAGGCUACUGACGAAAGGAACAAGCAAUUUAUUCACUUAAAAAGUAUAGAAGAACACUCCAAACUCGUACACUCACAUACAAACAUGAACUCAUUUAGCUAAGCAAGACAUCUUCUAAAUUACAGUCAACACACGCAACUGUACUUUCUUCUCGUGUUUAGAAUUAAUGUCGGGAGUCGAAAACCUGAUACGGAAAGAAAAGAUUUAAAAGACAAGUAAAUCCGGAAAAUAUACGGAAGUAUAUUAUAUGAUGAUGAACAGAGGCAUGAAAAGGAAACGAGAAAAAAAAAACAGUUAAGAAAAGAACUUGGAUAGGAACGAAUAUGCUAACGGGAUCAGAUUC